CAAGACACAGCAGUUUCGCUGUCAAUUUCGGUCGUUUCUUGUUGGAUAGCAAGUGUACGGAGAAAAAUUGCGGGCAGGGAAAAUCUAAGAGAGUGUUCGCGUGAGUCGCUGAUGCAAAAUGGCAAACCCACAGAGCCCUUCACACUUCAACGGAUACGAAGAUGAUCCUUUGCUUAUCGAAGCCAAUUUCACGCAAGAUAUAAGCGAAAAGAUGCGCGUCCCGAAGCGAAUAAAGGCGACCGGGGAGUACUCCGAUGAAGACACUUUGCUGUCAAACCAAAACGGGAUAAUGAAUUCAUGGAACUACAGCGACAAAAUCUCGAUGAACGUGCCAGACCGAAUUGUGGUGAUCGGCCAAGACCAGCAUCUGGGGACGCGUUCCGCGCCUCGCGAAAUCGUUCUUGAAAAUUCGAUUCUUCCCAAGGACCCGGGGCUGGUGCGCGUGGCGACUCCUCCCAGGAUCAUCACUCUCAGCGAACAUCACUUCCCAACUGCCUCCGACGAAAUUGAACAGUCAUCCGAUUCUGACCAAGCGCCCAUCUAUAUCCGGGCCUCAGCACAGCCUAAGGAACAAUUUGCGGACAUGACGGCGCCGGAGCCUGAAACCGGAGCACGACAGGCCGCAGUCGCCAACACUCGACGACCGAACAAUCUCAAUGACCAGCAAAUGGUCAGGAGUUUUCGCGAGGAUACGCCACCGUUGAGUGUCAGCGAAAUGAUGAAUCCUUCCGAGGAGAUUUUACAUCUGAGACGACAGCUAGCCAAGCUGAACAGGCGAGUUCUCUCCGUGGAAAUCGAGAACGUACAACGACAGCAGCGCGAGAAGAUCGUCUGCGUCCUAGGCAUAGCGUAUUUUCUCCUGAAAGCCAUCUUCUGGCUCAACAGGAAUUAGAGAAGCUCCCUCGUCAGGAAUCGUGGACUUAUCUAGAUAUCGUGUGACUGCAAAGCGAGCCCUGGCUUUUUUGGAUAUGUGUAGCCCGAAGUUAGCGUAAGACCAAACAAAAGAGAAGAUGAACGAUUUUCUUUGUUGUUAAAGUUGAAAUAAAGGAAUUUUUGCUUUUAAGUUGA